AGUCGGUCUAUAUGAAGACAUUUUGAGAUGGAAUGAAACCGACCGGCUGACAAAUUAAGUCAUUCAAAGUUUUGCUCUCUCUCGUUCGUAGCUUGGAGAAUCGGUCGGUCGGGAAUUUGAUACAGAAAAACAAGCAAGCUUAAUUGAAUGGGUUGCCUAUCAUCAAAACCGAUCCCACCUGUACAAGGGUAUGAGGAACCCUCUGUUCUUGCUGCUGAAACACCUUUCACUGUCAGUGAAGUAGAAGCUUUGUAUCAGUUAUUCAAGAAACUAAGCAGUUCAAUUAUUGAUGAUGGACUCAUCCAUAAGGAAGAUUUACAACUUGCACUUUUUAGGAACAAAAACAAGAAGAAUCUGUUUGCAGACAGGAUAUUUGAUCUGUUUGAUGUGAAACGCAAUGGAGUUAUUGAAUUUGGGGAAUUUGUUCGUUCUUUGGGUGUGUUCCAUCCUAAUGCACCAGUGGAAGACAAGAUUGGAUUUGCCUUUCGAUUAUAUGAUCUAAGGCACACCGGAUUCAUAGAAUGGGAAGAGCUGAAGGAGAUGGUGUUUGCACUUCUGCAUGAGUCUGAGAUACUUCUUUCUGAAGAUCUUGUUGAAGAGAUUGUCAAUAAGACAUUUAAAGAGGCAGAUACAAAAGGGGAUGGAAAGAUUGAUCCAGAAGAGUGGAAGGAAUUCGUUUCAAAAAACCCAUCUCUCAUCAAGAACAUGACUCUUCCAUAUCUCAAGGAUAUCACUCUUGCAUUUCCCAGUUUUGUUGUGAACUCCUCCACCGAUCUUGAAUUAGAAUCAGAUUUCUGAUCAAGUGGCAAAUCAUGUUCUAUAUAGUUGUACAUACAAAAUUAAGGUAAUGCAUAUCGUAAAAUGUUAGACUGUCUUUGUUUUGUUUUAUUUGAAUGUAGAACGACCGUUAUAGUCACGAUCCAAAGUGAGAUCCAAAGUGAAAAUCGAAUCGGAGUUU